GGGAGGGCCUGACUACUGUCAUGGAGACCAACUGUCCUAGAGGGGGACUGAGUCAGGGUCCUGGGGUCAGUGCACCUCCAAGCUGUGAUGCUGGGGGCACUAUUAUCUCUUUUUAGGAGUAUCCAUGAGAUACUUGCUUCUUCAGGCAACAUGGGAACAGUGGUAGCUUGGCUGAUCAGCUAUAAGCCAGCCUUGUUUGGGUUCCUGUUCUUUCUGCUGUUGCUUAGCAACUGGCUGGUCAAGUACGAACGCAACCCCACCCCGCCAGAGCCCCAGCAGGACAAGCUCCUGGAGCGGCUUAUGUUCAGUGAAAUGAAGCUGAAGGUCUUAGAAAACCAGAUGUUCAUCGUAUGGAAUAAAAUGAAUCACCAUAGGAGGUCAGGCAGGCGACGGACUUUUUCCAUGAGGAAGCACAGGGCGAAGAGGCCUGAGUCGAUUUUCUCCACUAUCUCUGACUGCAGCACCAACUACCUCUCCUAA